UCUGCUAAAUGACUUAAAUGUAAAUGUAUAAUGUAGAAUUAUUAUAUCAAUGCAUUUCUCCUGUUAUUGAGCUAUGGGUCGAAUCUAAAAAGUUAGUUGUCCUUGUUAAACCUAUUGAAUUGAGUAUUCUUAGGCAUUAUCAAGCUUAUCUCUUUUCCUCAAACUUUCUCAUCUCCAUCCUUUUCUUACAUACCUGCCAAAGGAAGACAGCACAGGAAAAGAAGGAACAGUUGUGGAGAAGACAUCUUAGAAGUUGUAGAAGUUUAUUCUUGGGCACUUUAGAAAUAUUACAAACUCUUCUCUCGUUUUGGUAAAUGUCCCUGCCUGAUACCUCCAGCCUCUCUCUUCUACCAACUCCACUAGCAGUUAAUAGGUAGCAUGUUCCAUUCAAACCCAAAUUAAAUAUAUUUGUAUCUCUUUCCUUCCUUCCAAGUCAGCAUCCAAUCCAAUCCAUCCCAUUCUCAAUCUUUCUCUCCCAGUCAACCACACUGUUUUGUCUCACUGUAUUAUUUCUCUCUCUUAAAGUGCAAUGUGUCCAGAUGUCAUUUGUAUUGUCCUCAGAUGGUCAGUUGUAAAUUCCCUCAAUCUACCUCCCAUCUAUCUCUGGUGCUCUUUCUUCCUAACCAACCAGACUCUGGGAGCAACGUUUUCCACCCCAAACUCUUCCAAAUGUAAUUUGGACGGUAACCAUGUAGUGCUUAAACUGACAUGGAUUUACACAGAGGGCCUUACUUUUAAGAUAACAACUAAAUGUGACAUGUAGGGUGGCGGUGAUUUAUAUUGUACCGACUCAAAAAUAGCAAGGCAAGUUACACAUCAUGUCCAAAAUGAAGGUUACACCCACAUAUGUGAAUUCAGACGACACAGUAAAAACAGUGGAGAGGAUGCACUGUAUGUGUAACCUACAGUAUACCAUGAUGCAUUUUAUACAUGAGUAUUUCUUGAUGAAAAGCUUAUGCAUUCAACUUGUGCAUUCAGCUUAUGCAUGAGAUAAUAAAGAGAGAACGGGAGGGAGACAGACAAACAGAUAGACGGACAGAGAAUGACGAAGAAAGAGAAAGAGUAGGUAAGAGACAGAAAUAAAUACUUGCAGUAAGAGUAGCGCAAGAGGAAGCCCGGAAGACGAAGUAAAGAGAGGCAGAGAAAGUAACUGCAUUAUCCAUAACCCCCUAUAGAGUGCCCUGAGAUGGGCAAGGAGGGUAAGUCAAGUGACAGGAGUCUUGUGAUAGGGGUGGGAUCAGGCCGGAUAAACAGUUUACCAGGCAUUAAGCACACCACACACAGCCAGCCUUCCUGAACCCAUUAGAUAGGCUAGGGUCAAGUUCAUACAUCACAGAAUGGAAGAAAACAGAGUGAAACAGGGAAGAACUACAUGAACUUGUCCAAUAAGAACUGCUUGUUUUUCAUUUUCUGUUAAAAAAAAUGUUUUGCUAUGGGGAAGGGAGGAUUGGCUGGUUGGCCUAUUCUAGUGCUGGUAUGUAAAGUAUUUCACUGUAUUUCAAUGGGAUUUUUGUGUGGGCUGGAGUUGGGCUGACAGAUGGUGUUCUUUUGUUAAUCCUGUGUUUGUGUGUGCAUGUGUGUGUGUCUGUCUGUCUCUCUCUUUCUCUCUCUUACGUCAUCAAAUGAACUUCCAAGCUUAUUUUCUGACUCCCAAUCAAAUCUGCAGUGGACUGUUUUGACAUUUUUGACUGCAGUAACAUAUGCCAGUCGCUAGACGGGAACAUUGCACUGCCCUGUCUGCAGGUCACACACGCCAUCUGUCAUUAGUGGGUCUGUUUCUGUGUUUACCAUUUCACCAGAGAUGAAUGUCUCAAAUGUGAGACUGAGUAAUGCUCAACAUUUGUAGGACGAACCUCUCGAGUGUGAUAAACCACCGGCAUCUUAAUUUAUCAAGACAAACAGACACUUUGACAAACUAUGUUGUGUGACUCCGUCAUAUCUCUUUCUCUUGGACCCGUUGCACAGAUAUAUGACCCAUUGCAGAAAAGCCCGGAUUAUUUUUCACAGACAAAGACUAGAGGCCAACCACACACACACACACACACACACAAUCAUUGAAUAGUCAAACGUAUUGCGUCUGUAAAAAAAAAGUGAUGAAAGUUUGGGAAUUAAUAAUGUGGCCAAUUUAAUCUGAUGAGCGCACGAUAAGAAAAUAGCAUUGCAAAUGUAUAUAACUGUUCACGUUUAUAUUAUGUAGAAUGGGCGGGUACAAGUUAGACGAGGGUGUUGGGGGUUGUCACACUUGGAAACAAUGGAUCAGGGGGAAAAUAUGAAUAAAAUAAUCUCUCCGAGGACCACUUGAAAUCAAUAUUUGUUACUAUGAAUUCUGCAUAGAAAGAGUUUACGUUAGAAGCAACAUUUCAACGGGUUUGGGCAACAUUUUAUAAGGAGAUUAGCUGUUAAGCCUAGGCCUACUUUAUUAAAGUGACAGAAGUCAGAAUCAUUUGCGAGUUGAAAUCCGGUGGGUGAAUUCUAUUCGAUCUGUACUUUCAUACAAGACAGCAAUCAGACUGAAACUCCCCAUAUUUACCUCCGUGGAUCAAUGCGGUGGGUAUUGGAGUGGCUGAUCACUGAAGUGGAAGAACAAGGAUGAAGACUUUCUCCUGUGUGUUUUCCUGCCUGGUUGACAGACUCCCCAUAGAGUUGCUGCUUCUCUCCAUCACAUCCCUUUAGUGUCCAGCUGGUCUUGCCAUCACACCUCGCAGCUUCUCAAACAGUUGGGAACACAAUCUGACAAGAACUCUCACCCUCUCUCUCCCACUCAUCUAGUGGCGCACACACUUUCACUGUUCUGUCUUGUAGUGGCUGAACACCACUACUAGCCCAUAUCCAGGGUACUCCUACACCUGCACACGCACACACACAUUAUGGCAAGCGUGUUGCCGUACGGCCGCUUCACUCACGCCGUGGUGCGGGGCAUCCCAGAGACCUUUGGGAAGGUUGAAGACGAGAAAAACAACAAGGUUGAAAACGGGGAAACCACGAUGGACCUGGCCAAAGCACAGCGACAGUUUGGGGUGCUGACAGGGGCACUGAGACAGAAGGUGGGGCUGCAGCUCAUAGAGAUCCCUGCAGACCCGGAGCUACCAGAGAGCUGGAGGAUAGAGGAUGUAGCUGUGAUACAGGGAGACACGGCACUCAUCACCAGGCCUUUCAAACAGCAGAGACGCAGUGAGACUGAAGCGGUGAGGAGGGUGAUGUCGGAGCUCAACCUGACAGUGGUGGAGAUGGGGGCAGAGGAGGGGGGCUCCGCAGGGGCCACGCUGGAGGGAAGUGACGUGCUCUUCACCGGCAGGGAGUUCUUUGUGGGAAUCUCCUCCCACACCAACUACAGAGGAGCUGAGGUUCUGGCCGACACUUUCAGAGACUUUGCUGUGUCCACGGUGCCAGUGUGUGGGGGAGCUCGUCUAAAGAACAUCUGCUCUAUGGGAGGUCCUGAUACUAUCAUAAUCAGCAACAGUGAUGGGGCCAAGAAGACCCUCCGGAUGAUGGAGCAGCUGACUGAUCACCACUACGAAGUGCUCACGGUCCCUGAGGGCGCAGCAGCUAACUGUGUCUACGUCAGGGGCCCCUCCAAAGUGGACUACCUGCUUCACCCGCCCACUGAAGAGUGUCCCGAAAGUGUUCCUGCCUUCCAGAAGCUGACGGACUACACCCUCCUCCCCACAGCGUGCAGCGAGGCCUCCAAGCUCAGAGGGUCUCUGACGUCAUUCUGCCUACUUAUCAACAGGAAGCCAUACUACUAAAUUCCCUGCCAUUCUCCCAUAGAAGACACAUAGACCUUCAUUGACUAUAUUUAAAUACAAAUGUGAACAUUACAAAGACAUCGCCAACUGUUGGGCAGGAGAAGAGAAAUUCUUAAUGGGAUCCUUGGGACAUCCCACAUCUGAAGUUGAAAACGGGUCAGAUAGGGGUAUGGUUAAGGUCAGUGCUUAGGGUAGGGACAUCCCAAGGAGCCCGGCACUACACCGGGCUAGAGGGUUCAAUGUGCAUAUUCUGCACAACUGCUCCCCCUACUGUGGAAAGAGAGCAGCGUGGCUAGAUGAACAUUAAUAUGCUGUAGAUUUGAAUGUAGGUGUUCUGUAUGCGGGCAUUUUAUGUCCCUAUAUAACAACUUGUAUUUAAAUAAUCAUCCAUUCUCCAACCCACACUAUUCGCGCUCCAAGUAGGCUGUUUUGUUGCGGCCAUAGAAGGGACAUGCCACCUCAACAUUUUACAAUUUGAGUGGUAAACUUGCAAUGGUUGCCGGUCCUGAAUUGAAUGGGCACGCCCAUUGUAUGGAUUCCAUAUCUAUGGUUUUAUCGACCUUCCGCAAAUUUCUAAAUACAAUCACAGAUAAAAAGUAGUUUGGAGAGCAAAUGCCUCGUGCUAAAAAGACGAAUCUCUCAUUUUCUCAACUCAAUAUUUUGCAGCGAGGUUUUACUAAUUCAAAAAUCUGUCCGCACGAAAAUAACUUGCCAGUUUUUGUAUGGGUGGCAAUGUGUCUCGAAUCUAUUUUUUUAAAAUUGUAUUUGCUACGUGAGGCUUAUUUCAGAGUAGAAUUUUGGUAAUGCGGAAGUUGUUAUGAGUGUACUGUGUGAUGCACGUGACUUCCCGGUAAUUUUGAGAAUAAAAAAAAACACCUUAAGUAUAGCGUCUCUUCCCGUUAAAUAUAGGCGGUUGACGUCAACACCACUAAUCGAAUAUUCAAAAAUGGUACUCAAUUAACGAGCUUUAUCCACCAAUCCAAAGAGUAGGCGGAAGUUUAUACAGCACACCAUGCGUGAAAAAAUAAUCCCUAGUACCUCUAGCCAACGUCAUUGUAUAAUAUUAGGCGGCAACAAAGACAACUAAAACCAUCUGUUUUAUGUAUUUUCAUUGACUUGGGUUGUGUUGCAUAACCACGAUGUUGUAUCUCAGUGUCAGAGUAGCCAAUCAGUAAAACGUGGGGCAUAAUUAAAAAAAAAACAUCGUCUCCAGUCAUGUAGGCUAAAGGAGAUUUGAAGGAAACGAGUAAACAACUCUGCUCAACUGUAGGCCUAUGCCACCACGCAAAUGUGAUAGAUGCAUGUAAGGCUUUAUUGUAAAAGGGAUUAUAAAUGCACGUUUGUUGAAUUGGAACACAGGUGAAACCUAAAAUGCAGAUUUGGAAGGUCUGCUUUUGAAUAAUGUAUCCUGCCACCAGGCCUGGCUGCGUGCUUUAUAUAGGUAUGAAUAAUCUCUUGUUAUAUUCUUUGUCCUACCCCCAAGGACAUAACUUAUUUGUGGAAUUGUACACACUUAAAUUAAUGUCCUGAUGGUUGAGAUAACGGUCAAAUGAAUAAGCCCAAGGAAGGAACGAUUUCAGAAGUCCCCUUCAACAAUUUCCAUCAUUACAGUUGACUUGUUCCUGUGGAUUAACCAAGGCCCAAAUUGGAAAGGCCUAUGGAGUGAAACACUGACAGUUGUUCAUAAUGUCAAAAACAUAACUGAGGGUUGUACACGAUUGCUCAACACCUCCAGACCAUGAUAUAGCAACUCGGAACAAACUGGCAUUGUUUGAGUCACAGUACCCGGGUUUUGUACUUUGUUGCAAAGUCCUCAUUGGUGAUAAAACAUUGCCACUGGCCUACUCCCCAUUAGACUACAAAUCAGUAGUAUGCAAUUAAGACACUGCAUUAAUUUCUAUAGUUCAACUACCUACAUAAUCAAAACAAGAACUCAAUUUGUACUCAAAUUCAGCAUUUUAGUGUAGCCUUUGUAUGUGAUGUUUAGAACUUUGUAUUUAGUAGAGCAAAUACAUUUUAAACCUUUGACUAAUUUCUCAACCCAGUCAUGUAUUGAUGCCUUUAUAAGUAUGCAUUUUACUAAACACCAUACCACAAUAAACAAAUGAAGUUCAAAUUUAUUUCCUCGUUUUUUCU